GCUGGGGGCUGGGGAGAUGAAUGCUGCGGCCAGCAGCUACCCCAUGGCCUGCCUGUACAUGGGUGACCUGCACUCGGACGUCACCGAGGCCAUGCUGUACGAAAAGUUCAGUCCUGCGGGGCCUGUGCUGUCCAUCCGGGUCUGCCGCGACAUGAUCACCCGCCGCUCCCUGGGUUAUGCCUACGUCAACUUCCAGCAGCUGGCUGACGCUGAGCGGGCCUUGGAUACCAUGAACUUUGAUGUGAUUAAGGGAAAGCCAAUCCGUAUCAUGUGGUCUCAGAGGGAUCCCUCUUUGAGAAAUUCUGGCAUGGGAAAUGUCUUCAUCAAGAACCUGGACAAAUCUAUAGAUAACAAGGCACUUUAUGAUACUUUUUCUGCUUUUGGAAACAUUCUGUCUUGCAAGGUGGUGUGUGAUGAGAACGGCUCUAAGGGUUAUGCCUUUGUCCACUUUGAGACCCAGGAGGCUGCUGACAAGGCCAUCGAGAAGAUGAAUGGCAUGCUCCUCAAUGACCGUAAAGUGUUUGUGGGCAGAUUCAAGUCUCGAAAAGAGCGGGAAGCUGAGCUUGGAGCCAAAGCUAAGGAAUUCACCAAUGUUUAUAUCAAAAACUUUGGGGAAGAGGUGGAUGAUGAGAGUCUGAAAGAGCUAUUCAGCCAGUUUGAAGACUCUGUCAAGGUGAUGAGAGAUCCCAGUGGGAAAUCCAAGGAUGGGAGAAGCAAAGGGUUUGGCUUUGUCUGCUUCCCAUCCCCUGAAGAGGCAACCAAAGCAGUCACGGAGAUGAACGGACGCAUCGUGGGCUCCAAGCCACUGUAUGUCGCCCUGACCCAGAGAAAGGAAGAGAGAAAGGCUCACCUGACCAACCAGUAUAUGCAGCGGGUGGUCGGGAUUAGAGCGCUCCCUGCCAAUGCCAUCUUAAAUCAGUUCCAGCCUGCAGCUGGGGGCUACUUUGUGCCAGCAGUUCCACAGGCUCAGGGAAGACCUCCACAUUAUACACCUAACCAGUUAGCACAGAUGAGGCCUAAUCCACGCUGGCAGCAAGGUGGGAGACCUCAAGGCUUCCAAGGAAUGCCAAGUGCUAUACGCCAGUCUGGGCCUCGUCCAGCUCUUCGCCACCUGGUUCCAACUGGUAAUGCUCCGGCCUCUCGUGGCCUCCCUACUACCGCUCAGAGAGUUGGGUCUGAGUGCCCGAACUGCUUGGCUAUGGACUUUGGUGGGGCUGGUGCUGCCCAGCAAGGGCUGACUGACAGCUGCCAGUCUGGAGGUGUUCCCACAGCUGUGCAGAACCUAGCGCCUCGUGCCGCUGCUCCUAGGGCUGUUGCACCUUACAAAUACGCCUCCAGUGUCCGCAGCCCUCACCCCGCCAUCCAGCCCCUGCAGGCACCCCAGCCUGCGGUCCAUGUGCAGGGGCAGGAGCCGCUGACCGCCUCCAUACUGGCCGCAGCACCCCCCCAGGAACAGAAACAGAUGCUGGGACGUUUGUUCCCGCUCAUCCAGACGAUGCACUCAAACCUGGCUGGGAAGAUUACGGGGAUGCUGCUGGAGAUUGACAACUCGGAGCUGCUACACAUGCUGGAGUCCCCCCAGUCUCUCCGCUCCAAGGUGGAUGAAGCUGUGGCGGUCCUACAGGCUCACCAUGCCAAGAAAGAAGCUGCCCAGAAGGUGGGCGUUGUUGCUGCUGCUACCUCUUAGACAAGGACAAACCAAUUCAAAAGCCGAAUAAACCCUCAUGGAAUUCAGCUCAAGGUUUGAAGACAUCCUAGCUUGUCCUAUGGACCUCAACACCAAGAACCACAAAUUACAAAUUUAAUAGGUCAUUUUGUAUCAAAAGGUCAAUUAUGAAGCACCUAGAAUUUUUCAAUUAAAAGAAUAUAUUCUCUGGGUUCUGAUAUGGCCCAAACAGUGUUAACUUUUGUUUUUCUAUUGUGAGUUUUGCUUUUUUCCCCCCAGAAACUGGUUUUAUUUGAUGUACCCAAGUCUUAAGUUUCUCAAUAAAGAAAAAAUCUCCAUAA